AUGACAGAUUACAAAGUCAAGGACAUCAGCCUCGCGGAGUGGGGGCGGAAGGCCAUUGAGCUGGCGGAGAACGAAAUGCCCGGCAUGAUGGAGCUCCGCCGCGAGUACGGCCAUUCGCAGCCCCUGAAAGGCGCCAAGAUCGCCGGCUGCCUGCACAUGACGAUCCAAACCGCGGUGUUGAUCGAGACGCUCUGCGCCCUGGGCGCGGAGGUGCGCUGGAGCUCCUGCAACAUCUUCUCCACCCAGGAUAACGCCGCGGCGGCGGUCGCGAAGCGUGGGGUGGCGGUCUUCGCCUGGAAAGGCGAGACCGAGGAGGAGUACAUCUGGUGCAUCCGCCAAACCCUCAAGGGCUUCAGCGGGGAUGGGCUGCCGAACCUCAUCCUCGACGACGGGGGGGACCUCACGGACAUCGUCCACGACGAGUACCCCGACCUCGUGCCGAAGAUCGUCGGCCUUUCCGAGGAGACCACCACGGGCGUGAUGAACCUCUACAAGCGGCAGCAAAAGGGCCGCCUCGCGAUCCCGGCGAUCAACGUCAACAACAGCGUCACGAAGAGCAAGUUUGACAACCUCUACGGCUGCCGGGAGUCGCUCGUGGAUGGGAUUAAGCGCGCGACGGAUGUGAUGAUCGCGGGGAAGACGUGCUGCGUGUGCGGGUACGGCGACGUCGGGAAGGGCUGCGCGGCGGCGCUCCGGGCGUUCGGGGCGCGCGUGUUGGUCACGGAGAUCGACCCGAUCAACGCCCUGCAGGCGGCGAUGGAGGGCUACCAGGUCGUCGUCCUCGACGACGUCGUGGAGGACAUCCACAUCUUCGUGACCUCGACUGGGAACGAUGAUAUCGUCACCGCGGAGCACUUCAUGCGGAUGCGCGAGGACGCCAUCGUGUGCAACAUCGGCCACUUCAACACGGAGAUCCAGGUCGAGUGGCUGGAGGCGAACGCGAACGAGCAUGUGGAGAUUAAGCCCCAGGUGGAUCGCUAUACGCUGUCGAACGGGCGCCACAUUAUUCUCCUCGCCAAGGGCCGUCUGGUGAACCUUGGCUGCGCAAGCGGCCACCCCUCUUUCGUGAUGUCUAACUCCUUCACGAAUCAAGUCCUUGCGCAGAUCGAGCUCUGGACGAACCGUAACACGGAUAAGUACCCGCGCGGUGAGAAGUCUAACGUCUACUUCCUGCCUAAGUCUCUCGACGAGAAGGUUGCCUCGCUGCACCUUGCGCACCUCGGCGCGAAGUUGACCAAGCUCACCCCGAAGCAGGCUGAGUAUAUUAACUGCCCCGUGGAUGGACCCUUCAAGCCUGACCACUACCGCUACUAA